AUGCUGUCCGCGUCUACGCUCGUCCUGUUGGGCUGGCUGUGGGCGGCGGCCGGCGGCGCGAAGCUUGCGCCUCUGGAUGUGCCGCGCUGCUGCUCCGCCACCACGCGGAUGGAGCCGGAGGCCCUUCGCGCGACGAUGCUGAGCCGGGAGCGCGCCGCCGCCGCGUGCCGCCCGCCCGCAGCGGACGCACCCGCCUGGGCGCCGCUGGUGUACGCGCCCGCCCGGAACACAUUCCUGGAGCGGGGACGGCUGCCGCAGCACUGGCGCUUGGUGGACGCCGCUCUGCCCAACUGUGGCGAGCUGAGGGUGCUGCCCGAGCACGCCGCGCCGUACGCGCUGCUCGCCAACAACGCUUCGCUGCUGGUGCGCGGCACCGUGCACGCACUCCCGCCGAGUCGCUACUGCGCGGACGCGGGUGGCGCGCUCGUGUGCGAGGAGGACGUGCCUCGCGGGCCGAGCAAGUGCUGCGCCGAGAGCCACGGCUUCGACGGCGCCCACUGCGUGGAGGAGGCGGAGGGGGCGGCCGCGGCGUUGGAGGAGCUGCGCGCCCUGGCCAACGGCAGCGCGGCGGCGGUGGGCUUCGGGUGGCCCUCGUGCGCGGAGGGCUCGCGGUACGCGGUGGCGGGCGCGCUGAGCGGGGCGCGGCUGGAGGGCGGCGGCGCGCUGCGGCUGCGGGCGGCCGGCGGCUGGGCGCGGCUGGCGGGCGGCGCGCGGUGGUGCGCGGAGGCGGUGCGCGGCGAGGCGGGCGCGAGGGUGCUCGCGUGCGAGGGGGCGGCGCGCGCGGCGGCGGCCGGCGGGCCCGCGCACCACGCGCUCUACGGCGCGGGGCUGGCCGUGGGCGCGGCGUUCCUGGCCGCCACGCUGGCCGCGGGCUUCGCGCUGCCCGCCGCCCACCACGCGCUGCACUGGCGCUGCCAGACGCACUACGUGGCGGCGCUCAUGCUGGGCGACGUGCUGUUGGCCGCCACGCAGCUCGCAGGCGACCGGGUGCCACCGACCGUGUGCCGUAUUCUCGCCAUCUGUAUGCAUUUCCUGUUCCUGUCGGCUUUCUUCUGGCUCAACACCAUGUGCUUCAAUAUUUGGUGGACUUUCCGGGACUUCCGGCCGACGUCGCUGGAGCGCGGGCAGGAGGCGUGCCGGCUGCGCGUGUACCAGGUGUACGCGUGGGGCGCGCCGCUGCUGGUGGCGGGCGCGGGCGCGCUGCUCGACCGGCUGCCGGCGGCCGCGGCCGCAGGCUACCUGCGGCCGCGCUUCGCGGUGCGCCGCUGCUGGUUCUACGGCGACGCCGAGGUGCUCGUCUACUUCUUCGGGCCCGUGGGAGUGCUGCUCCUCGUCAACCUCGCCCUCUUUGUCUCCACCACGCGCCAGCUCACCUGCGGCCUCUGGCGCCGCGACGAGGUCAAGUCCACAUCCGAGAGGGCGGCCUUAGGGCGCGUGUGCGCCAAGCUGGUGGUGGUGAUGGGCGUGACGUGGGGCGCGGAUGUGAUCUCGUGGGCGGCGGGCGGCCCGGCCUACCUGUGGUACGCCACGGACCUGCUGAACGCGCUGCAGGGGCUGUUCAUCUUCCUGGUGGCCGGGUGCCAGCCGCACGCGUGGGCGGCCGCCAAGCGCGCCGCGGCCGCCCUGUGCGCGCGCCGCGGCCGCCACGCUCGCCACGCCGCGCACUCCUCCUCGCACCUGCCUUCCUGCGGCGAGUCCCUCACGCACACCACGGCCGCGCCCGCGCCCGCCUCCGCUCCCGCCGCCGCUUCUGCCACCGCCUCCGCCUCCGGCCCGGUCGCCCCCGCCGCCCCCGCCCCCGCCCGCCUUCCCAUGGAGACUGUGUGC